AUCUGGCACACUUCUGACCGAACUGGUGUUAUCUCAAACAGUCUAUAAAAAACGGUCUUUCAUUGUGUAGGGACUCUAUAUCAGGUGGGAAAUUAAUCAUUGAGUGUUGAAUCACCAGACACGUUUCUCUGUGGUAAAGUGAAAAUAGUCUCUGCAGUGCCGUCUUACCUGGAUAAUUGUAUCUGUGACACAGAGUGGAAGCGGGAGGAGCGAGAUCAGCCGGGGAGGCAGUAUUACAUUGACAGGAAUACCGCACCAUCAUUACGGGAAAUGUGAUCAGAUUCUAAACACUUGUCAAGAGUGUGGUUUUACAGGGAGUUUUUUCUCUCUCUCAUAUUUUGUUGGAAAUUUUUAAUGCAAAAUGAGUGGCAGACGGAGAAAGGCAAGGAAGUUCACAGUGUUAAGAGGUUUGAUUGAUGUCUGAACAAAAGAGACAAUGAACUACUGCUCCAGGGUGCAGGUAGGGAGACAGGGAUUAUUAGUGGAGAGUCAGGGAUCUUCAAAGGGGAAAAAACCCAGUGUCAUCACCAUGAAGGGAGGGAACUGCUCUUCAUCAAAUGCUAAUAUGACAAAUUGUGCAGGGCAGUCGAAGUUGAUACGGAAUUCUCUUCACUGGGAGGAAUUUUUUGGUUCAUCCUUGGAUUUAGCUCCAUCCUUGCUCUCCAUCUAUGACAGCUUGGCCUCAGAAAACAAUCUGAAUUCUGUAGAUGGAAUCCAAUCAGAAGAUCACAAUGGAUCACAUGGUAGAAUUUUAUCACACAAGGAACACCCUAUUGCAGUCCAGGUGAUAUCAAAUGAAUGUGACACACCUGACUCAGACUCCAUUAUGGAGCCCGAAGGUCAGGGUAAAAUAUCACUACCUGAAAGGAGUGACCUUGACCCAAGUGAAUGUAAGAAAAGACCUUUGAGUGUUGGGUCAGGGUCAUCUUCCUCAUCCUCUGUCUCACAUCAUGUAAUUAAAAAACCAAACCUAACUUCAACAGACAGCAACCCAUCAAAACUGGAGCAUAUUUUGUACAUAGAUGAUGAAAAUGUGGACCAAUCCUUAAGCGAAGAAAAAUCUGGUGCAGGUGUGCCUGGUAUUUCAGUGACCGAUGUGUCAUCAAGCGAAGCCUUGGAGGAGGGACUAAAUACUUGUGAAUUUGUGAUAUCUCCAAACCAGUCUCAUGGAGUGUUUAUUGACCAAGGAAAAGAACCAAAGUCUACAAACAGUACUCCACAUCAAGAUACAAAGGCUGCCCCCGAUACCCUGUGUUUGGAAAACUCAUCCCCUGUCUCAGUCUCCCAGAAUUCCAUAGUGCUUCCUUCCUGUCACAGUUCCUCAAGUCCUGUCUCUUCCGAGUGUUUGUCCAUUGUCUCAGUAGACACUAGAUCCCCCAUGUCCACAACCUCACAGACCACGCCAACAAACCAGCCCAAACCACCAGAUUCACCCACCAAAUAUGUCACCAGGGUCCAGAGGGUCAUCGCUGAAAUAGUGGACACAGAGAGAACAUAUGUCUCCAGUCUAAACGAGAUUAUACAGGGUUACAUGAAAUACUUGAAGCUUUCAACUCACCUGCACCUUUCAUCAAAGGACAAAGAUCGACUGUUUGGAAAUUUAUUACAGAUCUACGAAUUCAGUAGGAAAUUUUUGGUGGAUUUGGAGGGAUGUGAAGACAAUGCAGCACAGAUUGCUGAGUGCUUCGUGAGGAACAAUGAAGGCUUUUCUGUGUAUACAGAGUACUGCACAAAUUACCCCAGUGCUGUGGAAAUUCUUACCCGUGUAAUGAAGGAUGGGGACUUGUCGGAGAUUUUCAAGACCCUUCAAUUACAUCUACAGCACAACCUCCCACUGGGGGCCUAUCUGCUGAAACCUGUCCAGAGAAUACUGAAAUACCAUCUACUGCUGCACAACAUCUUGAAGAAUUAUGACAAAGCUGAGGGUGGCUAUGAAAUGGUGGGCCAGGCUCUGGAACAAAUGACAGGGCGUGCCCAGCACAUCAAUGAAAUGAAACGUAAGCAUGAGCAUGCCGUGCGGGUCCAGGAAAUUCAGAGCACGCUUGAGGAGUACGAAGGAGAGGACCUCACUACCGUGGGGGAACUUGUCUUGGAGGGAGCUUUCCAUGUGUAUGGCGCCAAAACAUCUAGACAAGUGUUUUUGUUUGAGAAGGGAGUUGUUAUUGCCAAGAGGAAGGAGGAUGCAAUGCUCAGCUGCAAAAUUUUCAUUUUGUGCUCCAACCUGAUGUUAGUGGAAAGUGUCCCAAAGGAGCCCCUCAGUUUUCAGGUGAUCCCCUUUGAUAACCCCAGGGGGCAGCACACCUUGCAAGCUAGAAAUCUGGACCAAAAACGUAAAUGGUGUCAAGAAAUCAAGCGCUUGAUUCUGGAGAGUUACAAGGAAAAAAUUCCAGAAAAGGUCAAAGGCCUUGUGAUGCAGCUCGGCAAAAGUAAACAAGAAGAGAAUGUAGAUUCUGGGACGCCUAAGAAAUUCCACCAUCAAAAUGCACCCGAGUACCUGGAGAGGAGACAGAGGAUGAGGAGGAAGUCGGGGGGAAAUAUUCUAUCGGACAUUCUGAAACCCCAGAGGGGCAGGAAGAACCAAAAACGCAAUGAAUCAGAGAGCCCCAGGACUUCUCCCACUGAGAGAAGAAAAUUUACCCCAUCAUCAUCUGGGACCAAGCAACAGGGAUCCGAAAAUAAUGAGAAUACUAAGAUAUAUGGCAGUAAAAACAGUACAGGAACUUCCUCAAGUAAGACACCAUUAAAACGUGAAUAUUCCUCUCCGGUGAGUCGAAGUACCAGUUUUCGAACUGCUAUUAGGAAACAACCUCUUGCUUCCGUAGAUUAUGGAGAUGAGAAACCGAGUGAAAGCAACAGUAGUACAACAGAAGUCUCUUCCACACGGAGAACCAAGAGCUUCCGCUUGGCAACACGAUUAAAUCCUCUUCUUACAAACGUUUUAGCAAACCUCUCCUCCUCCUCACUGCCAGACUGCCCCGCAGUGCAAAACAACGAGGAGUGCCCUUCUUCUCCUCUUGACGGAGUGUUUACCUCAGACAAUGCAACUUUUGACCAAAGAUACCGCAGCAUGCCAGUGUUGACUAAACCACUAUCACCCUUCACUAACGGUUCAGCCACCAGGUCCAGUGAUAAGCAAUCCACAAGGAGAUCGAGUAGCAAUAGUUUCAACCUUGGAAAUCCGUCCAGGAAAAUCAUCGAUGUCAAGCAAUAUUUCUCUAGAAAUAAAGGAAAUUUGGAGGAUUCCCAGAAUUUGAAACAGGAAAGUAAAUCAGUCACUGCAUUUCAUGACUCAUUCUUGAAAAAAUCAGCAGAAAACUCACCGGAGAGAUCACCCAAGAUUUACCCCAGAGCAAUAUCGCUGACUAAACCCCUGUCAGUAAGUAGUGUGUUGCAGUCUCAACAAAAAUCAUUCAUUCCUUCAGAGAAGGAAAAUGAAGAUCCGUGGGUUGUGAAUCCAAAAGCUUCUACUGAGGAUAUACUUAACACGUCAAGUACUUCCGGCGUGGGACAGUACCGACUCAAACGGUCACCAGCUAAAAAGAAAUCUCACCAGAGGUCACGCUCUGUUGACUUUGAGGCAGAUGAGAAUACGCAGAACUUUGAUUGGAUAGUUUACGCUAACAGAAAUUCACUGCCACUAUCUGGACUGUCAAAGGGAGGCGUUUCUCAUUUGGACACUACUAUUAAAUCAAGCAGUGAGGAUCUUACAUCCCAUAAUCGAUCAAAAUCAUUUGAUGACUCGCUCAGUGUUCCUGAUCCGGUGUUAACACAAAAUGCUACUGACCCUAUCUUACAAUCCAUAUUCACUGUACCAGACAAAAAAAGUUUUCUUCGAAAUGUCAAUCAAUCGCAAUCAAAUUCUCAAGGAUCUCAGAAGUUUCAGAGAAGUUUCUCUUCCACAAUUCCUGCGCGAGAAGCGGAUCACCAGUCUCCUGUAACUGCUCAUUCACAAGAAAGUCCUUUCCCUCUAUCAUAUAUUUAUGGUGCUUAUACAACUUCUGGUACUGAUACGGUCAGUUCUUGCGGCGACUCGUUCAAAAGCAAGUACUUCACUUCACCGAGUUACUGUGCUCAAACUCAAAAUACUUUUCACAAUACGCCAUUAGAGGAAGAUGCUUCCUUUUUGUCUUCACUACCUGUGAUAGUGAGAAAAGUGGAACCACCAUCCCACACAAGAAUUUCACGAUCUUAUUCCACACCCUGUGCUCAUGUGGAAAGAGUCAAAGGAGCACGACCCCAGUCUUUCAAUAUAAACUUAAAUGAUCAUGAGAAACUUGUUGCAGAGAUGGAAGACUACAUGAAAAGGUCCGACUCCAACAUUACACUCAGUUCACAGCAAAAGUUUCCUGUGCCAAACUCAGAGGAUAGCAGCAAAUCAUCAAAUCGAUUUUCAUAUGCAUCCACCAUUUCUGGAUCAUCUUUUGAAAGUUCAGAAAGUCUGACCGACAACCAAAGUUCUGAUAGCAUUGUUGAUUCUUGGAAACAUAAAGCCCAUGUGACAGAAAAUCUAAACCGCCGGUCUGGUUCCUAUGAUAAUACAGUGCCUGAAGUUACUAAUGCUUCCAGUAAGGACACAAAGUCCAGUAUUUGGUCAUUAAAUACUUGGUUUAACAGCCCAAAAAAGGAACCACCCCCAGAUCUUCAGUCAGUUUUACAUUCAGGAGACCUGGGAAGUGCUUCUAUUGGAUCAAGAAUGGCUCAUCAAGAACCAUUGUAUGCAGAAUUUCCGAAGCUUUCAAAGGCAUCUCCCGAGUCUCGGAGCUUUAGUAAUGUGUCCGUGUCAGUGAGAGCUGAAACUUUACAAGAUGAACCGGUGAAUUUAAAGCAGUGCGAUUCAGCAUAUUCCAUUCAGAGUGAGGUAGACGAGGCUGGCAGUAGGGAUCAGUCAAAAGGACCAAAUAUUUCUCGGGCAGACAGUUUUUAUGAGAAAAGGUUCUCCAUGGCCUUUAAUGACACAGAGGUGUUUCGUGAUUCGGCCGUUUUCUGUGAUAUAGACUCAACAGAAUUGUCUCCAGAAAUUAAGUACGAAAAGGAAUCUCCCAUAAGGAGUCCAGUUGACCAGAAAUUUGAAAGAGAAGGGCGUAAAAAGAGACUGCCAGUCAAACAGUUUGUGAAAGAAAUUGAAGAACAACAUAGGUCUAAAUCAACAGAAACUACAAAAGUUCGACAUCGAGAACCGGGGGCAAUUAUAAGGCAAAGAAUGGAAAGCCUGGAGAAGCAGACUAGUAGGAGUCAGAGCUGUACCAGAUCAAACAGUCCUGAGAGGGAACUACGACGAAGCUCGACCCCAGGUCGCAGUGUCUCUAGUAGUCCCAGUCGAGAUUUUCGAAGAAGCUCCACCCCAGCGCGCAGUAUUACAGCAAGUCCCAUCAUGGAGAAUGAAAUAAAAAGAAAAUCCUUAAGCAAUUGGUCAUCAGUAUCAUAUGGUUCUGACCAGACUGAAAACACAGUAUUGGACAGGAAAACUUCUGCUAAAACAUUAAAUUCUAAGCAAUCUCCAAUGAGACAGCCUUUCAGAACACGUUCCAUAAGUCAAGACAGAAGAAGUUCUCAAAGCAUCUCCUUUCCAUUAUCCAGUGAACACUCGCUUCAAGAAAACACUUCCCCUCAUUACACAGGACGUUCAUUUAGGUCACGCUUUCUGAGUGAAGACUGUAAAACCUCGAUGCGUUUUAGUCUCCCACGAUCCAGUGUCAAUGCUAGUCUAGAGAAUAUUUCAUCGGAGAGGUUUUACCAUCGUGAGAGGUCAGCACCACCAUUCAGUGACCACUGGUCAAGUCGAGAAACAGGUGGCAUGAAGCACUCUGUGUCUCUAGGUAGACUAGACCGACUAAGCACCGACAUAGAUAAUCUAGUAAUCAUGAAGGGCUGGGUACGACAACUCAUAGAAAAAUUUCAACCGAAAUUAGACGAUGUGUAAAAUGAUGAUCUUUUGUGACCUUCACUGUUUGUUCGGCUGUCUUCAGUUUUCUUGUUUAUGUGUACUUGUGUAUAUAUAUUCUUUGUUUGGUAUACAUAUGGUUAAUAUGUUUUGUAUUUUAUAUAUUUUUUAAAUGAAAUUUGAUAAUUAUUUUUGUCUUAUGGUUGUGAUAGAGAUGCCAAGAUUUUAAUUUAUAACUAGAUAGGCACACAUUUUCCAGUAAUACUGAUAGGUGUCAUUGAAAUAAGCAAUGUUAGCAUCUUCCCCAGUAAUGAGAUCUUGUAUUAUCAUUUAUGAAUUAUCUUUGGACCAGUGCAAAUUUGGUAGCUGUGGUACUUCAACUAAAUUUUAUUCCAAGAUAGAAGUUAUUACCAUAUACAAAGUUAUUUUUGUUCCCAUCUUACAUUUUUCCUCCUCAUCUUAUGUCUAAAUUUUUUUAAAAAAGUGGUGAAUUUAAAGAUGGAUGAAAUUGUUUAUUGAUGCAUCUGGGCAAAAAUGUCACCACCAAAUUGGUCGUUCACUUGAAAUUAACAUGCUGUGCACGUAUUUUGUUAAAUUUAAGACCAGACCUUGAGGAAUGAUAAUGUACAUUGAAGGUCAAUAAGUUUUAACCUAUCAGAGAUUGCAUAUUUGAAUGUACAUGUAUUUCCCCAGACAAAUUACAGUGAAACCUCUCUAAUCCACAUGCACGGUGAGACAAGUUUUGUCGAAACAAUGAAAGUAUUAGAUUGAGAAUGAAAAUAAGGGUCGGAAUGCCCAGUUCAACGGAUUGCACAGGUGUCGGAUGAGGCAGUUUUCGGAUUACACAGAUGUCGGAUUAGGCAGUUUUCACUGUACAUCCACUGGGAAGCAUAUUACAUCAAAUAAUUUUUUCAUGAUAUAUAUGUACAAGUCAUUAUCACAUAAACAUAAUUAUAUGUUGUCUGGCACCUUGGUUAUAUAUUGGACAUCCUGUUCCUGAAACACUAUUACCAGCAUGUGACCACCGGAUGGGUGUAUUCCACAACGAUAUUUUGAACUAUGCAAUUUUUGUACAGUUAUUUUAAAUGUUUUAUUGUUUUUAAUUUUAUAGCAGUUCUUCCAUGCAGAAGUAUAAUAUAUAUGUUUUGUAUAAAUAACAUUGAGCACUUUUGUAUGUAAGCAUUGAUCAAAUUAAAGAUUUUUAACUAUAA